AUGGAGCUGCAUCAAACUAUUGACAUGCACUUUCUUCCAUUCGUAGGUCGGAAAAAAUUAAUUUUCGUAUGUGUAUUAUUUUUGUUGACAGAAAUUAAUGCAAAAGUUUUAUUUACAUUUCUAUUGGGCGUUACUACGUUGGCGUCUGGAUUCGUUAUUCGACCAUAUGAAAACACUGAUUAUGAGGUACCGGAUUACGUCACUGAAGGUGAUAAACAGUUAGAUCUUGAAGGAUUGGAACCCGAUACAACAGACCAAGACCUGAACGAGACCACGUCGACGACUGUCACGAAAGCCACAACUAUUUCACACACCACCGCCCCUACCGUCCCUACCACCCCUGCCACCACUACAGUCGUCUAUGAACCGGAUGAUAGCUAUGAUGAUGAUUGUGAUUGUCCACCUCAAUUUCUAAUCUAUAUUUACGAUGGCAUUAGCAAAUAA